AUGGAGAACGUGGGUCAAUCUUUGGAGGAGCUGCUGCUCGCAGCCCAGCGACAAGAUUGCCUCACAGUGGGGAUUUAUGAAUCAGCCGAGCUCAUGAUCGUCGAUCCGGACAGUGUGGUGCUCUGCGUUCUGGCCACGGAUGAGGAGGACGAGGACGACAUCGCGCUGCAGAUCCACUUCACUCUGAUCCAAGCCUUCUUUUGGGACAACGACAUCGACCUCCUGCGCGUGUCGGGCUUGGGACGCCUGGCACAGGUCCUUGGCGAGCCGAGCACCGCCAACAGCAACGCCAACAAGCCCAGGGAUCUGCACUGCAUCCUCGUCAGGAGUCCUGAGGAUGCGGGGAAAUGGCCAGCUCUCAAGGAGGUGCGCAGCUACUGCCAAGAAAGUCGCCGCCGAAACCAAUGGGCUCCAUUCGUGGCCCUGCAGGAUCGCUGAACGAACCUGUUGGGGGGGGCGGUGAAAAAGAAAGCUCGGUUGUUCUGGGGGGAGGGUGGAGUGACGUUCAUGAAAGCGGGAAUUGCAGCGAUGGCUCGUGUUUAAGAAAAGUUGGAAUCGGGCACGUUGUGCUGGGCCUCCGACGGCUCUCCGUGCGGUGGACGGUAGCUGUGAGCGGGAGACACGUGCGAACGGCUCUUUCCGAGAGUCCGCGCCGCCCCGUGGGCUUGAGAUGAUGUUACAGCGCAGUGUCGCCACGGCAUCCGUGGGAGGCGAUCCGUGCGAGGUCUUCGCUGUGUUUGCUUUAAAACAUCUCCCAUCUGAUCAAGGCGCUUAAAAAAAGUGGAAACCCUGAAAUCAGCAUGAAAUAUUUUAAACAAAUGUUGCUUUAAAUUUUAAAAGCGUACUCCGAGUACUCGGCCACUCAUUUUUAGGAACAAUAUUAGCACUAAGGACGGUUCUUGAAAUUGAGCCCAUUUUUAUCUCGCUAUUACAUUACUUUUAGUAAUACAUUUGAAGAUCAGUAAGUAAACAUUAUUUUUGCUAACAAAAUAGUUACUUUUGCAACUGUGCUCAGGAUUUUUAAACUCGUGAUAAAUUUCAAUGAGAAUGAAAACCGAUCUAAUGUAUUUAAUAAAUCCAAGAAAGCUGUAAUGAUGGUCUAUGCUUAGAUAUGAAUUGUUUGCUGGAACUGAUUUCUACGGUUUUUUUUUUUUUCCCCACAUUCUGUGAAAUGAUUGAAAAGUUCUUGUCAGCGGCAAAGGUCGUUACAAAUAAGUUCAGAGUUCUUGCUGCAUUACUUUAUGUGACACAUAACGUUAAUAAAUCCCAGACGUCUUUC